AUGGCAAGCGCACGGCACUACGAGGCUGAGGGAUCAAGCUUGAGUGAGCCAAAACGGCGUGCGCCACCUACCUGUGCGUUGCAAUUGGCUGGGACUUCGCGUGCCGCAGCUACUACUUGUUGUUGGCAGCGGGAGCUUGGUGAACCACUACGUGCUGAACUACCUGGUGGUGAUCUUUGGCGACUGCUGCGGCUGCUGGUGCUCUACUUCGAGGAGAUCGACUUCUACCUGGGCUACAACCUGGAGAUCCUCUACGACUUCGACCUGGUGACCUACGACCUGGUGAUCUUCGACGUCUACGUGGUGAUCUUCGGCUACAACCUGGGAGUCUACGACCUGAAGUUCGACGACGGCCUCAACGUGGUGAACUACCCCUUGAACAAACCAUAUGCUGGUAAGGCCCAUGAAUAUGUCCCGGAGUUCUCCAACAAAAAAGCCCUCAACUUUGUCAUUGGUCAAGACUCACUGCCCGACGCGACGAACACCUAUGCCAUGAAGUCCAGUCGAGGCAAAGAAUCCAUCUACUAUGAGGAUGACUACAACCUGACCUAUGAGUACGACCAGGACUAUGAGGACAACUUCGACGACGGCUACGCUGUGGACGAUAAUGGGUCCUACUGGGAUGAGGAUGAAUGUGAUGGAGAAGCUGAUGAAGCUUUCAUGGCGGAGGAGAAUGCGGCAGAAUACGAUGAAGUGUUCGCGGCCUAUGUUGAAGCACGCCAACGCAUGAACCAGAUGCGACUUGCCCGAGGGUAUUAUCCCGUUGUGGCGAUGGUGCCUGGUGGACAGAAUACGUCCAAGGCCCAAGGAAAAGGAAAGAAGUCUGCAAAAGGUUCCAAGGCCAAGGGAAAGAAUCUUUCCAAGCAAUCUCCAAAGCCUCCAUCUGCCCGAGCCAGAGGCAAAGCUGCCCUUGGUUCAGUCAAAUGCCUUCGAUGUGGAAUGGCUGGACACUAUGCCAAAGCCUGCCCCCAGUCUGUGAAGCGAAAAGCUGAAGGUCCUGCUGAAGGUGAUCAUCAAGUCAACAUGGUUGCAGAUGACGACAACCCGGACUUUGUGCAGCAGGUCAACAUGUAUGAAGAUGAUGGUGAAGAAUCAGAGCCAGACGAUACUGGUAUCUGGGACUGUGGUGCGGCAUCAGUGCUUGUGUCACGAAUGCAGCUGAAGCGUUACCUGAGACAGCUUCUGAUGGCUGGAUUCGAUGUGCAUGACAUCAAAGCUUGGACAUGCACGAAAGGUUUCCGUUUUGGAAAUGGCAACAAGGACAAGACCAACAUCUGCGUUUUACUGCCUACAUGGUUUGAAGGAUGUCGCAGAGACGUUCUGGUCUAUGUCAUUACCGGGAAAGUCCAAUUCCUGUUGGGACGCCCACUGAUGGAAAGGCUGAAAGUUUCCAUUGACUACGCCGACAAGAAGAUCAAAUGGGGAGAUGGUCCAUGGAAGCCAGCUCAACUUGGCCCCAAAGGUGAAUAUGUUUUGCGGUUGGCAGAGCAAGUUAUCCCUUUGCUGAACGAGCCGGUCAAGGAGACGCUGGUGCCUGCGGAUUUCUAUGACCAUGUGCAACUUGAGACGGAGUACCCCAUCAUGCAGUUGAUCCAGGAGAAUGAGACUGAGGAGAUCCAUGCAGCUGACAUUGAUGAAGUUGAUGAAGGUCAGCAACAAGGAACUUCCUCAACAAGAGCCCAAACGACACCGACUGUGACAGCAUCGCCUCACUCUCUCAUGGACUUGGACGAGCUCAAGGACGAUGUGCCGCCCAUCUUGGUCAAUUCUGAAGGAAUUGCCCCAAUUCCGUUUCACACAGAUGGCCGAGCACCAAUUUGUGAUGAGCCAGUUCGUCAAGUUCGACGACAGCAAGGAGCAAGCAAUGCUGUGCGAAAAUGGAGAUCAGGUGAACUGAGCAUGGAAGAACAAGUGACUGCCUUGGAUCUGGACACAACCAGUCCUGAGGAAGCCAUAGCUCAGACGGAUGAGUCCUUUUCACCGACCUCAGAUAGCCACGCUCCAAAGAAGUUGAAGACCACAGAUGGCCCUCAAAACCUGAAGCGCUUGACUGGCAACAAGCUCAGAUCGAUGAUGAACAAUGUCCAACAAAAGAUCAACGAGCACGAGAAGAUUCUUUUGGCAUGUUCAAGAAAUGAACAAGCUGGACGCAAAAUCAAGAUUUGGGAAGUUUUUGCUGGAAAAGGUCGACUCACUCAGAUCUUGCGAGAAAAGUAUCCAGGAAAGUUGCAGAAAGAGGAGCCAGAUAGCAUUUUGCUGUCACCAGUGUGCAAACUUUGGUCGAUGAUGCAAGAGCUGACACUAGCUCAAAGUGCUGAACGGCGUGAUGAACUGAUGCGCCAGAGAGAAGAGGAUCAUGACACCAUCCUCACCUUCGUAGCCAUUGUCUAUGAGAUCCAACGCAGAAAUGGCCGAGAUGCAACAGUGGAGCAUCCAUGGUUGGCAAGAUCGUGGAAAACACGAGCGUUUUCUCGAAUGAUUGGCUAUGACUGCUAUGUCGAUCAAUGCUGCUACAAGCUUGCAAUGCCUGAUGUGGAUGGAGUGAUGAAACCAGUGAGAAAGCCCACACGCUUUCGAACAACAGGUCACAUCAUCUACACCAUGCUGUACCGAGAGUGUCCUGGAACCCAUGAGCAUACACCUCUGGAAGGCUACAUUCCGGGAGUUGGACAUCGAACCAAGUUAGCCGAGAACUACCCGCCGAAGCUUGCGGCAAAAUUGGCUGAAGCACUUGUUAGUCAGGUGAACCAUUGGGAAGAUGUUCAAGCAGCGGAAAACCUGGAAGAAGCCUACAACAGAUGCGAUGGUGUUGGUGAAGGAGAAGAUGAUUCACCUCCAGUCUCUGUGACCGAGCCUGUGCAGAAGAACCGUGAGUUGAGAAGACAGGUUGGAAACAGACCCUUUGAGUAUGUCCAACGGCUGCACAAGAACUUGGGUCAUGUAAGCAACAACACACUAUGCCGAAUGCUUGAGGAGGUCCAGGCCACUGAGAAUGUCAUGACAGCGGCGAAGAACUAUGUCUGCCCAACGUGCUAUGCUCGGAAAAGACCUGCACAAGCACCUCCGAGUUCAGGAUUGAAGAGCACAGAGUUCAAUGAACGCAUCCAGGUUGACAGCCACUGGAUUCUCAGCGAGGACACGAUCGUCCAUCCUGGAACCCCUGCCGCAAAGCGCAAGAAGCGCGAGCUGACUGGCAGGCAAUGUGUUUUGACCAUUGUGGAUCAUGCCACAAGGUACUGUGCUGUGAGAAUCUUGAAAGGCGAGACUGCAGAGGAGUUCACGAAGGGAAUAGAAAGGAUGUGGUUCAAACACUUCGGAGUUCCAAAAUACCUGCGCAUAGAUGAAGCCAAAGGAUGGACUUCCAAACAUGUCCGUGAAUGGGCAAGCAGCAGAGCAAUUUGCCUGGAAGUUCAACCUGCAGAACAGCAUACAUGGCUUGGAGUUGUUGAAAGAAAACAUCAGGUGAUCAGACGUGCACUUGAGCUGUAUCAAGAUGAACUUGGUCGACACGACCUCAGUGCCCUCAAAGAAGCUGCAAUCUACGUGCCCCAUGGCAUCAGCCAGACGGAGAUGGUCAAAGGCUUCACACCACAACAAUGGGUGCUGGGAAAAUCCAUGACCUAUGUGCACGGCCUCACUUCAGAGAUCUUCAAUCCAGGUCAAGAGCCACUUGACGAAGCUGGAGCUUUUUCACAGAUUCAGCAAAAGCGCCUUCGAGCUCAGAUGGCAUGGCUGAAAGCCGACUCAGACGCCAAAUUGCGGCGAGCCUUCCACCAAAAGUUCCAAGACGUUCAGGACAUGCUGGUCGUGGGACAAAAGUGUUGGUACUGGCGAGUUGCCGGAACAGGGAUUUUGCAGAAGGCCAAAUGGCGUGGACCCGCCAGAAUCGUUGCAAUUGAAGACCAUGAAGGAACCCGAGUCCUAUGGCUUUGUCAUGGAACCAGUCUGAUCAGAUGUGGUGAACGACAAGUACGACCGUUGGUUGAAGAAGCUGGUUCUGUACAGCCUGCUGAUGUCAAGGCUGCCCUCAAGGACUUGGAAGACCUGAAGGCCAGAUCAACAACCCAAUUCAGAGAUGUGGUUCAGGCUAAAAUCGAGCCCACUUUGGAAGACAACCUGGAAGACAACAAUCCUCCAGACAAUGUGACUGACUAUGAGCCGAGCCUUGGUGAUUCGGACGAUGAGCGUCAGAUACGUGAACAAGCUCUUCCUGGUGUGGUUCAGAUGGUUUUGCCGAUACCCUUGCAGAACACAGCUGCUGAACGAGAUCGAACACCUCGACGUGCACAACAUGGACUUGCAGAUGACGCAGCACGACCGAUGUCGAUCGCAUCAACAGCUGAACCUGCGGGAGAUCUACCACCUCAACAAGGUGACAGACCCGCCAGCGCCAGAAGAAAGUCUCCAAAGAGAAGAAGCAAUGAGCCCACAUCGCAACAGGAGAAGAUACCCAGACGUGAAGAAACAGAGCAAGCUGCGCGUGAGCUUGAAGCUGCAGCGAGCACUCCUGCCCCCAAGAGCGAUGAUGAUGGUUUAUUUGUUGAUGUUUUGGUUCAUGAAGUUGUUGGAGAACUGCCAGAUGGUUGGCGUUGCGUGGAUGGAUGUUUUGAAUUAGAUGACAUGCUCUACACUGCCUUCCGAAAAGGAGAAGUGAACCCCAGACAUCUUGACCUCCAAGGACAACAAGAGUUUAUCGAGGCCAAGAAGCUCGAGUUGACCCAGUACUUCAACAAUUUGGUUUGGGAGUUUGCAACAAAGGAAGAAGGAAUCAGAGCUGAGCGCAACGGCAGAACAAUCACUGCGAGAUGGAACUUCACCCGGGAGCUCGUGGUCAAGCUGCCGAAUGACUGUGCUGCCCUCUUAGGAGUUGAAGCACCAUGCUACAUGAGAAUGCUCAAGAGUGCCUACGGUUUGUCAGAUGCACCGUUACUUUGGUAUCAAGAAGCUGACAGAAGGUUGCAGGCCAAUGGAUGGUUGCGUCACCCCCUGGACAAGUGCUGCUAUGUCCUCACAGACUCCAACAACCAGGACAAGGUGAUUGCAUGCCUAGUUCUACAUGUGGAUGAUGUUUUGAUUGGAGGAGAAGCUGAACACCCCGAGUUCAAGCAGGCCAUGAACAACCUGAAGAAGAGCUUCAACUUUGGCAAAUGGGAUGAACUUUCACCGACGAGUCCUAUCAAGUACUGCGGUGGCAUCAUUGAGUUCAAAGAUGGUGUUGUCCAGACGUCCUAUGAGGACUAUGUCAACAAGAUCUGCCCAAUGACCUUGAGAAAAGGGAGAAACCCAGAAGAACCCUUGAGUGAUCAAGAAAGAUCGAAAGCACGAGGUUUGAUUGGAGCGCUGCAAUGGCCAGCAGGCCAGGGGAUGCCAGCCCUAGCUGCAUCGGUUUCCGUUCAAGCCGGAGAUUUGGCUGGUGGAGAUGGAAAGGUGUUGCAAGAGCUGAACAAGACUUUGAGGUUUGCAAAGAGCAUUGCGCACCACAAGAUGUCCUACCUGGCCAAGCCCGAGACAAAGAAUGACAAGACCCUUGACAGCUUGGCGAUUGUCCUCUAUGUGGACGCGGCGUUCAGUGUGAGAAAAGAUCAUGGUUCUCAAGGAGGUUUUGUUAUCCUUGCCGGAGACAAGAAGGUCUUGACAGGACAGAAAACCCCUAUGUCAACUCUGUCAUGGAGAAGUUUCAAAUUGAGCCGAGUGUGCAGAAGCAGUUUAGCAGCAGAGUGCCAGGCUUUGGCGACUGGUUUGGAAGAGCUGCUAUUGGUGAAGAACUACCUGACGCACCUGCAGUUCCCUCGACUUGGACUUCAAGAAGUACAAAAGCGAGCUGCUGACAACUGUGCUACCUUUACAGCGGCAAAGAAGAAGAGCAAAGAGGAGCGCAAAAGAACUUUGCAGGGGACAGUUGGAACAAGAUCAACUACCGCGGCGACGUUGGUUGCUUUGGUGAUGGAAUCGAACGUGCAGAUUGCGAAUGGCAACAACUACCAGGUGGACAAGGUGAACACCGAGACCGACAUCGAGACCUACAGCCCGAUCAAUGUCGAGCUCUAUGGCAUGCUGAGCAAGAUCUUUGUUUUGACCAUUUUGGUCGUUUUACUGACGAUGGCCCAUUUCCAUCGUGACCUUUUGAUGAACAAGUUCAACCGGAUGAGGAAGCAAGUGAGACACAUCUUCGUGAUGAAGAAGAUCCCGCAACGGAAGCUGGAAAAUCGCAUACGCGACCUGGAAGAGGAAGUGGAAAACCACAAGGCGAGCUUGGAGCUGCAGAAAGCUGGUUUCCUUCAGGAGAUCAACAAGAUCGAGACCGAAAGAACCAGAAUUGAAGAUGCAAAAGAUCGAAGGAUCGAAGCACUGGAGGAGCAGAUUGGCGGCUACCAGGAAGAGCUUGCGUUCCACACUGAUAUGAUCCGCAACAUGCAGACGGCGAUCAAUCAGUACACCAGGGAGCGUGACAACUUACGGUUUCGUCUGACGACGAUUGAAGCCGGACGCUUUGAUGUUUUAGCUUCAAAGCACGGGACUCACUGGCACCGAAAUCCGGAAUGUCAGUUUUUGAGGAAUUCAGAAAAUCUGAAGACCCUCACCCCAUCCAAAACGGCGUGCGCCACCUACCUGUGCGUUGCAAUUGGCUGGGACUUCGCGUGCCGCAGCUACUACUUGUUGUUUGGUAUAUAA